CAAUUUAUUAGUUCUCGACAACUCGUUGUGUGCGGCUCGUCGACUUCACUUCAAUUUUGGCCGUUCGGCAUGAUUCGUUGUCGUUGUCGGUUGUAAUCGAAAGUGAUCGUUAAGCAAUGAAAAUUACCAAUCAGUGAGGAUACGCUCGAAAUAUGUAAUACAUAAUUUGUUAUUUGACAUACAUAUAUACAAAUGUGUUGAAGUGAAACUUUUUGCUUUGAAAAAAAAAAAACUUUAAAAAACUUGACAUCUCUUUCGUAAACAAUUUUAACGAGUUCGCGUGUUUUAAACUAUGGAAACUACAAUUACAAAACCAACUAUCAAUAGAACAUCGUUUUCCAUUGCCAAUAUAUUGGAGAAUAAAAUGUGUCCCGCACCGCCCUUAGCGCACAGCCAUCCACAAGGCAACACACACUUUCAAUUGCAAACAAAAGCAAUUAACACAUCAGCACCAAUCCCCUCCUCCUCCACAACAACAAUGCACACAAACUCAAAUGCACAGUCACUGCAAUCACGUGUUGGUGAGCCCUUGCCACCCACAAUCACCAGUCCCAUGCACACAACAGCUUUCACGACGCUUCCGCCCGAGGCGCAAUACGCUUUCAAGAAUUUUCUACUCAAAGGUGGUGGUCACCAUGACACAGUUAAUGGUCCUCUGCUGUCCUCACCCGCCUCACUGCGCUUCGAACCGGUUUACGAUCCUGCGUCGUUGAUCUACCAGCAGAUGUUGAAUAUGCAGAAAAGCUCAGCUCUAUUCAUGCCACAUUUCCAGGCGGCGGCGGCAGCAGCUGCCGUCUCGCCGACGGGAUACUGUGAACAGUACAAUCCAUUUUUGGAAUGCGAAGGCUUUCCAGGUAGUGCCGCCGCUGCAGCUCUCUACUGUAACAAUGCUUAUCCUGGCUUUUACAUGCCCAACUUUGGUGUUAAACGUAAAGGUGGCCAAAUCCGUUUCACCUCUCAACAGACGAAAAAUCUCGAAAAUCGUUUUGCCAACUCAAAGUACUUGUCACCGGAGGAGCGGCGUCACCUCGCUCUGCAAUUGAAACUCUCCGAUCGUCAAGUGAAAACGUGGUUUCAAAAUCGGCGAGCCAAAUGGCGGCGUUCCAAUCAAGCGAAACGUGCACCGCCCACACAUAUUUUAGGUCGAGGUUUGGAUGGUGGUGGUGGUGGUGAUAAAACGACGAAUGGAACUGUUGGUAGUUGUAGUUCCACUACUGCUGUGCCGCAUAGUAGCGAUUAUGGUCAAAUUGGUAGCACUCGUGACGUGUUAUCAGAAGAGGAGGAGGAGGAGGAGGAGGAUGUUGAUGAUGACUUUGAUGAUGUGGAGGACAGUGAAGAUGAGAAGGAAUUGUCGAUAAAUGCAAAGUAAUAGUAAAUAAAUUAAUAAGAAAUUUAUUAUGUGUAAUACAAAAUUCAUAUAGUACUUGUUAAAAAGGUGGGGAAAAGCACGAGGGGAAGCUUUUUAAAAAAUUAUUAUAAAUUUAGCUAUAAAAUUGUGUGUAUGUAGGUAUAAAUAA